CAAAAACGGCAUUUUCCUUCAUUGACUUGCCACAACCACUUGUGUCAAGACUAUUGCCAUUUUUUCAGCUUAGCUGAUGUGCAAAAACCAUGCGGUUUCGACGUGACGAAAAGAUAUUUGUGCUUCUACUGUUUGUGUCCAUUAUUUGGUGCUAUCACAUGUUAGAGCAUCUGAACGCCCAAAACAGUAAGGAACCAUCGUCCAUUGUCUCUACUCGUGAAGCUCAAAAGAAACAGGAGGGCCAAUUAAUAGCACGAGGAUUUAAUCCUCACCUCUUAUUGUUGAUUCGGGUGCCCAACUCCGGAACUGGCGUUUUGGCCGCUCUCUUGGACAAACUUUCCACAAUGAACAGGUUUUCCCAUCGAAAGGAACAAUCAGACCAACCUUUGGUCACAGACGAAUCGCGGGUGGGGUUUGCCAGGCAAUUCUUUAGCCGAAGAACGAGUCCUGUGAGCGAAUAUGUUCCAACGGUGUUCUUCAAUUUUGCCCAAUUAGGCCACGCUCAAAACCCGGUGUGGCUGGUUAUGAUUCGAGACCCCGUUCAAAAAUUCAUUGCCAACUUCAGAACCAAACGAAAAGUCCUCUGUCAAAUCAGAUUGGAGAACCAUUUGCUGUUGAAAGGCGAGACUCUCGAAAAUUGCUUUCAAAAGGAUAUUGAGGACUGUGUUCUGAGCCGUGAUCCCGAAUGUGCCCUACCCCAUGGGCGAGAAGUACAUUCAUCCUACAGCUUCACUAUCGGUUAUUUCUGUGGCUCGGAGAGUUUUUGCAGAGUGAUGGGUUCGAAAAAGGCUCUGGAUCAAGCCAAAAGGAAUGCAGAGCAAUUCUUCCCUGUUGUUGGAGUGGUGGAGGAUCUACACAACACAUUUGCCAAAUUGGAAGAAAUCUUGCCCACUUACUUCACAGGGGUUGAUUUGCUCUUUCAUCACUUGUCAGAUAUUCAAAAGAAUGAGGACCGAGAAGUGGUUCAAAUCGACGAGGAACCUUUGGAGGUCUUGCAACAAGCCCUGAGCCUAGAAAUCGACUUUUACAACCACAUCAGACACAAGUUGCAAAAGAGCGUUUUGUAAUGGAUAUUAUUAUUAUUGGAGCGGUUGCUUUAGACGAUGACAUUAAAUAAAUUGUUAAUUGGUAUUA